AUGGAACAAUUCCUACGCCAGCGAAUUGAUUGUCCGCCAUCAGGCGGCACACGAACCUUGCUCGAAGAAAAGGAUGGCAUCAUCAAACGACAACAAGAUGAAUUAAGUAAAUUACAAACUCAAUUAAAAUCUAUGCAGGCUGAGCGUGAUUAUUUACUUUCAUUACUUUCUAAUGAACAACAAUCAAAUAUCAAUAAUCAUACAAUAUCGAGAGNUAAUGAACAACAAUCAAAUAUCAAUAAUCAUACAAUUGUUCAACAGUCGGUAACAAAGAUGACAAAUCAUGUUGACAUUCGUUCACCGUCGUCAGCAUCGACAACGACGUCAGUGAAUGGAUCUGUUAAUGCUUAUGAACUAUCACAAGACCUUCAUGACAAACGAAUUGAAAUGUUAGAACGUAAAUAUGGCGGAAGCUUGCGAUGUCGUCGAGCAGCAACGAUUAUUCAACGUGCAUAUCGAAAAUAUAAACUAGAACAGAAUUUUCGUCAUUUACGGGCAACGAUGAAAACAAAUAAACGUUUAUCAUGUACAUUUCUUGAUAAUAACAACAACAAUAGCAUAGUGAAUCAUCCUCAUCCAAUUCAAAUGAUAAAACCAUUAAAACCGUGUUUGAGAACAACAACCAGAUCUGCUGUGCCGGCCCUUGCCGAUGAUUUAUUAAAUUGUUCGACAAGUUCAUCAUCGUCAUCGAAUACACCGACCAAUUCGGAUUCUCUGUCAUUGAAUUUCGCUGACCGUCAUCUAGAUUUGCCAUCAAUCAAUUUCGAACACUUUAUCGAAAGCACGAAACAACAACAGAAUAAAAAUCGUAAACGUGUUUGUAUUGUCACUGAUACUCCGCCGAACCAUCGCAAACAUCCUGAACCAAUUGAUAAUGUCAGCGAUUUUGUCGAUGGAAAUUCUCAUAAACCAUUCAUGUUAAUCGAAUCUAACAAUAAAACUUCUAUAUCAUCAAAUGGACACAAUGGUCUACUUAAAACGCAAUCACCUUCGCCAACAAAUGACUUUAAUUUCUAUACGAAUUUAACUGAUUCACCUAUUCAUCUACGCAAACUUGCCUCACAAAAACCAACGCCACCACUUCGUAGUUUAUCGUUAAAACCUCGUCCAACGUUGAUUUCAACGACGAAUUCAUUACCAUCGCCAAUCUGGAAAAGAAAAACUUCGUUAACAAUAACAACAAACGAAAACGACUUUAACGACUUUUCUCUUGAAAGUCCAAACCGUUCCUUUGCCCAACGAAUAAGUCCAUCAUCAACAACCAGCUCGGAUCGUGAUAAUAUGAGUCUUCAAUCGACAAGUAGCGGUUCGAAUUCAUGCUCAUUAUCAAAUAGUCUUGAAUUGCAUCACCAUCAACAACAGCCACUACUUAUCCAACAUCAACCAGUUCUACAUGGACAUGAACGAACAUCGAAUAUACGAAUGAAUGAAACUUAUCGUCGACGUUGCUAUCGAGCUGGGCUCAACAUUUUCAAUAAAAAACCCGAACGUGGCAUUCGGUAUCUGAUUGCUCAUCGUUUCCUUGAACCGAAUCCGCAAGCAGUUGCGCGAUUUUUACUUUCACGAAAAGGUCUAAGUCGACAAAUGAUCGGUGAAUACCUUGGUAAUCUUCAAGAUCCAUUUGCAAUGCAAGUUCUACAUGCUUUUGUUAAUGAAUUCCAUUUCGACGAUAUGCCUAUCGAUGAAGCGUUGAGAAAGUUUCAAUCGUCGUUUCGAUUGCCAGGUGAAGCACAAAAAAUCGAACAAUUGAUGAAGGUAUUUGGACAGCGCUAUUGUGCAACAAAUCCGACAACAUCACCAUCGUCGAAUGUCGACACCAUAUUUAUAUUAGCUUUUGCUAUUAUCAUGCUGAAUACGGACCUUCACAGUCGGAAUAUCAAAUCCGAGAGGAAAAUGCGUCUCGAGCAAUUUAUAAGAAAUCUUCGGGCGAUCGACGAUGGCGAAGAUCUUGAUAUCGAUUAUUUAACUGGCAUUUACGAACGAAUCCGUGCACAAGAGUUUCGUCCUGACAGUGACCAUGUUACUCAAGUGGCCAAAUUCGAGCAGACACUUAUUGGUAAAAAGCCCACCUUGAUCGCACCGCAUCGACGAUUGGUAUGCUACUGUCGUCUGUAUGAGAUUUAUGAUUUAUCCAAGCGAGAACGGCUUACUGCACAUCAACGCGAAGUCUUUCUUUUCAAUGAUCUACUUGUUAUUACGAAAAUCUCGGGUAAAAAACGUCAGCAAUUGCAAUAUCAAUUUCGACAAGCAUUCCGCCUGUCAGGAAUGAAUUUGUAUUUAUUCGAAACAACAUAUUAUCAAUAUGGAAUUCGUCUUGUACGUAAACCAGACGUUAAUCAAACAAAUCUGAUCACCUUCAAUGCUCGAAACGAACAUGAUAGAUCGAAAUUCUGUGAAGAUCUCAAAGAAGCAAUUAUGGAAAUGGAUGAAAUGGAAGGAUUACGUAUUCAGUCCGAAUUAGAUAAAUUACGCGGUUCAUGGAGUUCACUGGCAGAUGUACCGACAACAAAUGGAGUUGUUUCGUCAUUAAUCGAUUAUCCAACAAAUAAACGUGAGCGACCAUUAUCGAGAACAUUGUCAAACUCUUUACUUGAUAUGAGUUUAACAAUGAACGCAUCGGCAACAUUUAAUCAUCAGUCAACGAUAAACACUACGUCAGAUGUUCUGCCAUAUCGAAAUUCUCAAUGUUCAGUGGAUAGCGGAAUGGUGUCAAUGACAAACGAUUUUUCGCCAAACAAUGCCUAUCCGCUUCGUUCGGUCGGAGUUAAACUAACUUAA